CUCUCCGGGCGCGGCUGUGGUUCGAUAAGGUAUCAGCCUUGGGGCUGCUGCCUUUUUUUCGGGCGCAAACGACCCGUGCGGCGCGGAGCGCCUAGUUGGGGGAAGCCGCCAUGCGACGCGUCGCAGCGCUGCUCAUCCUCCACACCAUACAAGCCCUCGAGGAGGGCAAGAUCUGCUUCAAUGGCUGCUCCGGCCACGGCGCCUGCGCCAAUUUUGUGUGUAGUUGCGAGCCCGGCUGGACGGGCGACGACUGCUCGCACAGUCUUGUAGGGGGCAACGCCACGGUGCAAACGCUGACGGCGGGCCACUUCAACGUCACGGCCAAGAAUUGGACAAAGCUGCUCAAAAAGAAAGAUGUCGUUUUUAUAGCGUUCGGGAGUAGAUCUUGUCUGAGGUGCGUCGGCGCGGAAGGUGCCUACGCCGCCGCGGCUCCUCUUCUCAAAAAAAUGGGCGUGCCCCUCGCGCGCGCCGACGCCGACGAGCCCUUCUUCCGGGAGCUGCUCCAGGACUUGCAGCUAGGAAGUAUGCCUCAGGUCGUGGCGUAUCGGAAAUUGUUCGCGAUGCCUUAUGCUGGUUUGCACGCGCCAAACGAGCUCGUGGCCUUCGCGCAGAAGCUCAAGCAGGCGGCGGCACCUUCAUUGUCAUCGUUGAAUGCAGCUCUCACCUUCCUCGGCGUCGACUCGGAGCAAGCGAGACGGGCUUUGUAUGAUGAGACUGGUAUAGAAGAAGAAGUGACGGAGGAGGACACCCUACCUGGAACAGCAGCUAGAGUACUGGGUUUAUUUUCCGACAUUGAUAUAGAGGACGAAGAGAGCGCGGAGUUUAUGGUCGCGGCGAGUGAAAGAAGACAAAGGCACGACGUCUACUUCUCGCGUGUUGAUGAUCCAGAGAUCAGUCAAGCUUUAAUAGAUGCGGGAUUUGCGGAUCGAACGCCGGCCGUCAUCGUAGCGAACGACGGUCGACUUGUUUCCCAUGUCUUGGAUGAUGCGCCAGACAUCGGUUUGGGUCCAUGGGUCGACGCGGAGACCUUACCAGCUGUCGGCGAAUUAACCCACCAAAACUUCGCGCGGUAUGAAGCUCUGAGUAGGCCCAUGCUAUUGCUGUUCUUGGACUUGAGGGGCCACGACCGGGGGAUGGAGUUGAGUGGCCUGUCCGGGGGCGUGCCGAACCGAGACCUCGUGGAAGAAUUUAAAGCCGUGCGCCGGGACGAGUCGUUUCGAGAUAGAGUAGCCUUCGCGUAUGUUGAUGGUGUCGCCCAACAAGAUCGCAUGAAGGCGCUAGGGCUGUUUGGGGGGGCAAGGCGCUUGCCCGCGGUCGCGGUGAACGCCAAGGAGGAAGGUGUGAUCGCGCCGUACCCCGAGUCCUUGCCGCUAGAUAGAGCACAUCUCCGCGAUUUUCUGGGCGCGUUCCUGGCUCGAAGGCUGCGGUCCAAAGAAGAUUCCGACGCGUUCGCCCUACAAAGGCAAAAUGACGUCUUCGACGCGAAGUGGCUGCCCAAACGCAAACCGCGGAAGAAACCAACGGAGGAGGUCAUGGGCCGCUACGAGGUCUUUGGCGAGGAUUCGAUCCGGGCGCGCGAGGUUGGCAAGAUAGAUGACGUCUUCGUGCUGAACCGAGAUAACUUUGCCGAAGCGUUAGCGGAGAAAGACGUGCUCAUCCUGUUCCACGAGGAGGGCUGCGAGGCUUGUGCGGCUUUAACGGUGUACUACAAGAAGAUGGCGGAGCGGUUUGCGUCCCUGAAGAUUCCGUCGCUCGUCAUCGCGCGAUUUGAUGUCACAAAGGAGACGCCACCUUUAGAUGGGCUCAUCGCCGGGCCCCUGCCCGUGAUUGUACUGUUACCGGCCCACGACAAGCGGCCGCCCUUCCGCUUCUAUUCCGGAUUAGGCAAGGUGCAACCGAUGAUGAAGUGGGUCCAGGCCUCGAGCGAUAUCGCUUUUGAUUUGCCGGAGCUGUGCCACUUGGAUCCCUCCGAGAUCGAGGCCUACAAGCACCAGGUGACGGAGCGGGAGCGGCGGCGGCGGGGGGAGUUGUAA